AGCAAAAUGAUUUCUUAAGUCAGUUGAACGAAAACAUUCAAACUCUUUGGAACAGACAGUAAGCAAAAGCAAAAAGAACGUGACAAAAAUGAAGAAUGUAUUGUUAUUUUGCUUAAUUAGUUUGGGUUUUGUUGCUGUUAAUGCACAAAUUUCAAGGCUGGAGAAUUUCGAUGUUAACGUUUUAUUGAAGAACGAUCGAAUUUUAAAUAAUUAUAUGAAGUGCUUAUUAGACAAAGGACCUUGUACCAAUGAUGGAAGAGAUUUAAAGAAGCAUCUUCCUGAAGCUCUCGAGACAAUUUGUGGCCAAUGUACACCUAAGCAGAAGAAAGAUACAAAACAAUUGAUAAAUCAUUUGGAGACGAAAAAGCCACAAAUAUUCAGCGAGGUACGUGCAAAGUACGAUCCAAAUGGUGAACGUCUUCGUGCAUUUAAGUCUUUACAAAUUUAAAAAUAAAGUGUUUGGAUAUAUCAAAAGACUUCAUUUAUUUUCUUAGUGACAUUUUUUGUACCUUUAAAAAGUGAAAUAAAAAAAAAUUUGUGAAAAACUUU